AUGAAGUGGCAGUACAAGGAGGAGAACAACUUCGAAAAGCGUCGCGCUGAGGGGGACAAGAUUCGCAGGAAGUACCCCGACCGCAUUCCGGUUAUUGUCGAGAAGGCCCCGAAGUCGCGCCUCCGUGAUUUGGAUAAGAAGAAAUACUUGGUGCCCUCGGACUUGACUGUUGGCCAGUUCUACUUCUUGAUCCGAAAGAGGAUCCAUUUGCGGCCUGAGGACGCGCUCUUCUUCUUCGUCAACAACGUGAUCCCGCAAACAAUGACGACAAUGGGCCAGCUGUACCAGGAUCAUCACGAAGAAGAUCUCUUCCUCUACAUCGCCUACAGCGAUGAGAGCGUCUAUGGUGCCGAUCAA